CCAGUAACUACUUAAAAACGUACAACAAAUCCCUUCUUAAUCAGUCCCCUUUUCAUCUCGUCUCAUCUAUACAAGUGAAAAAUCUCACACCUCACUUUAUACAGAAUGCUCUCUAUUAUCGGCGCAUCCGGCAACCUUGGCGGCGCCACCCUCUCUGCCCUCCUUUCCCAUAACCUCCUUCCGCCCCAAUCUAUAAUCGCCAUCACAUCCUCCAAUCCCAACUCCGAUACCUGGGGAUCCCUAGCCGCCAAAGGCGUCGAAGUGCGCCACGGCGACUUCGACGACCCCUCGUCCCUCGAAUCCGCCUUGCGCGGCAGCACCAAGCUCUUCCUAGUCUCCACCCCGCGCAUCGCCCUCGAUUUCCACGAUGCGCCUGAGGGUGAAGGUCGGGAGAAACACCACAAGGUCGCGAUCGACGCCGCGCGGAAAGUAGGCGUGAAGCAUAUUUACUAUUCUUCGCUUGCGUUCGGGAAUCCUAGUAAGGCGGGGGUGAUGCGGGCCCAUGUUAGAACGGAGAGGUAUUUGAAGGGGUUGGGGGAGGACGAUGUGAAGGUUACCGUUUUAAGGGAGGGAUUAUAUAAUGAGUCUUGGCCGCUAUAUAUGGGGUAUUACGAUCCUAAGGAGGAUGAGAGGGGGUCGGUGAGGCUGGCGGGGGAUGGGAAGGUGUGCUGGACUGGUAUUGAGGAUUUAGGGGUGGGGAAUGCCUUGGUGUUGGUUGCGCCUGGUGAGGAGUGGGAGGGACAAACGGUUUAUCUUUCAACACCGCCGGAGAUGGCGAAGACGAUGGCGGAGAUUGCUAGUAUGGUUGCGAAGGGGAGGGGGAGGGAGGUCAGUGUUGAGGUUGUAGGACGGAAGGACUAUGAAACUUACUAUAUUAAUGAGAAGAAGAUGGAUCCGGGAGCGGUGGAAUGGUGGUCCAGUACGUAUGAUGCUUUGGAGGACGGCGAGUGUUUGAUUGACGAUCACACUUUGGUCAAGUUGUUGGCAACGAGGGGGAAGAAGCCCGUUCCGGUCGAAGAGACGGUUGCUGCCAUGGUUACCGAGGGUUGAUUGUCAAAAUCAUACAUGUUCCGAUUCUUUGACUAUUUUAUCUGUGUUAUUACUAUACAGAUGCGGUCCGUUCUCUGGUCUCAAAUCCCUUAUGGAUUGGUAUUUAACCUCAUUUUAAUAAAGAACGUCAUGCCAAGCGAG